CUCCUCCCCCUCCCUUCCCGGCGGCGCCUUCCCAGGCUCCUCUCCGGGUAAACAGCGAUGGCCGCAGACGGAGGAGGCGGAGGGCAGAACAACAUGGGGAACCACUUGCAGCUCAUUCCCGCAGAGAGUGAUGAAGAGGAUGAUGUUGAAAUGGAAGUUGAAAAUCAAGACGGCAAGGAUGCUGAAAAGCCAAACAUCAUUAAUUUUGAUACUAGUCUGCCAACGUCACACAUGUAUUUAGGGUCUGAUAUGGAAGAAUUUCAUGGGAGGACUGUUCACGAUGAUGACAGUUGCCAGACGAUUCCAGUCUUGCCUCAUGUGAUGGUGAUGUUGAUCCCUGGACAGACGUUACCGCUGCAGCUCUUUCACCCCCAGGAGGUCAGCAUGGUACGGAAUUUAAUACAGAAAGACAGAACGUUUGCUGUUCUUGCAUACAGCAAUGUACUUGAAAGGGAAGCACAUUUUGGAACAACUGCUGAAAUUUAUGCCUAUCGUGAAGAACGGGAGUAUGGAAUUGAAACAGUUAAAGUUAAAGCUGUAGGACGACAGAGGUUCAAGGUGCUCGAAAUAAGAACUCAGUCAGAUGGAAUCCAGCAGGCAAAAGUACAAAUCCUUCCUGAGCGGGUGUUGCCUUCAACGAUGUCGGCGGUGCAGCUGGAGUCUCGCAGCAGAUGCCACCUAUUUCCUUCUUCCAAGCCUACAGCGUUGCGGGAUCAACAUGCACAUCAAUGGCGGCAGAAAUAUCAAAAGCGGAAGUUCCACUGCGCCAAUCUGACUUCCUGGCCCUCUUGGCUGUAUUCCUUAUACGACGCUGAAACCCUGAUGGAAAGAGUCAAACAGCAGCUGCAUGAGUGGGAUGAAAAUCUUAAAGAUGAAUCACUUCCAUCAAAUCCAAUAGAUUUUUCAUACAGGGUUGCAGCUUGUCUGCCCAUUGAUGAUGAGUUACGAAUUCAGCUCCUCAAAAUCGGUAGUGCUAUUCAGCGACUUCGGUGUGAGUUAGAUAUUAUGAACAAAUGUACAUCCCUGUGCUGUAAGCAUUGUCAAGAUACAGAAAUAACAACGAAAAAUGAAAUAUUCAGUUUAUCCUUGUGUGGACCUAUGGCUGCAUAUGUAAAUCCACAUGGCUACGUACAUGAGACCCUUACGGUGUACAAAACCUGCAACCUGAAUCUAAGUGGCAGAUCUUCCACUGAGCACAGCUGGUUUCCUGGGUAUGCAUGGACGAUAGCCCAGUGUAGGAUCUGUGGAGGCCAUAUAGGUUGGAAGUUUACUGCGACGAAGAAGGAGAUGUCACCUCAAAGAUUCUGGGGACUGACCCGUUCGGCCCUGCUUCCAAGGAUUCCAGAAGCAGACAAUGAAUCGGGUCAAGAAAAAACACCAUUGCUUUGCCUGUGACAUCUUCAUUUUGGAUGCGCUAGAAGCGAGUUGUUGUCUCUUAAAUGAAUUUACUAAGUGCUGCAAAUGUUUGAUUAUAAUUUGAAAACCAGUAUAUUUGAACUUCAGCAGAGGAGAGGUGCUGUUGUUUUCAAAGACAAUGAAACAUUUAAUAUUUGAAUUCGGACUUCUGAAUGAAAAACUACGAAAUGUGAGACAGAGCACAAGAAAAACAGACUGCUUUCAGAAAUCUGGCAGACCUUGAGGAUUAUACAACUUACACCUGUUCUGUAAUUAUGUAAGGGGACACAAACUGCUGAUGAGGAGACAAAACUAACUAACACUUCUUGAUUAGGAAUGAAGACGGCAGUGUCUCACUCAACUCGUGUAUAAUGAUAGACAUGCCCACUGUUUAAAGGUAUUUGCUUGUAGAAUGUUGUGAAUGUAUAGAAAUCCCAAUUUUCUUACAGUGUGAAAUAGCUUAUAGGCACUACAGUUUUGCUUGAAUAAGCCUUAAAUUAUGAGGAGUUCUGACUCUCCUGUAGGGGCUGAUGGAAUAGUAAUAUCCAUGUUAAAAAGGAUGUUGCUUGAAAUGCAAGUGCUGAAACCUGCUGCUAAAGGAGCUAUUAUAUGCAAUUCCUUUGUAAAGAAUCCCUAUAGAAUUGUUUUGUCCUUGGUUUAUCCUUUUAUCUGAUUCCACGCACUAAACAUCGUUUGACCUAUUAAUUUUUUUUAAAGAAAUGGAUCCGCUCUUUGUCUAAGAACCCAAGAUGAUGAACAUGAUUUUCUUCAUUAAUGCUUUUAGUGCAUUUCAGUCAGUCAUAGACUAUUUCCAGUUGAUCCCUUAAAUGCUCUGAGACAUUAUGUGUUUUUAUAUACAUGGUUAAGAUUCUGUGGAGCUCUCGGAAGGGCUGAUACUCCGUGACAUACAGCUUUGACAUUGGAAAGAAGCUGCAAUAUUAACUGUCUUUUAACAUUGCCUGUCUGUUCUACAGAAAAGGGUGCCAAAAUAGGGUUGUAACUUUUUGCUGUUUUGUUUUCCCAGAAUGCACUUUGACAAGCAGUGUUUGUAAAUGGCAGACCUUUCUUAACAUAUAUAUGGAUAUAGUUUUCCCCUCCUGAAGCUCCUUCUUCGCCUCCUUGUUUGUUCAGUGUAAAUUGUAGAGAUCUUGUUCAGUGUUGAUAGUAAUUUUGUUGAAGUAAAACACUGCUAAAAUCAGUGAUUUCGUAUAAAUAACAAUGUAUUUAUCUAGUCGGUGAGAUAUUGGUUGAAAACCUCAGUACUCUGACAUUUAAUGAUAACACCUUGGUUUCUGCAUUUUGCAGGUGGAAAUUCAUUUCAGGGAGAAAGUGACGUUUAAGACUGAAUGCUUUUAUAUGCAGGCAAAAAAAUUGUUCUAGCUCACGCUGUUCCUUGAAGUCUACCUCUUUGUUGCCAAACUUUCUUAUCCCAGCCACAGUUGAUCUAUUUACGUUUGUUUCAUGCUGCAGCUUUGUCCUUCCAUUGAGCUGUGAAAAGCAAUAUUAGCUGAAACCUCAUUUUGAACAAGCAGAGUGAAAUAUGGGCCAUUUUUGUUAGAGAAAGCCUUUUAGAUUUUAUUCAGCUUGCAAUAUAAAGCUAUAUUGUUGAAAGUGCAGGGAAUGUGAAAGUUUCAUGUGUACAAAACCCAUUCAGAAAACCUAGAGAGCUUUUUUUUCUUAAAUGAGUAAAAUGUUAUGUAUAAUAAAAUAUUGCGCCCUCUGUUUUUGAAGGGCCUAGA